AAUAAAGGUCAAACUACGACCACCACAAGGCUGAGAAAAGCAAAUCGCAUUUUAGAAAUUUAAUCAUUGAACAUUUGACUUAGUACAAUAAUGUCAGCUUUAGUAAUUUUAGCUGAAGGAGCAGAGGAGAUGGAAGUCGUGAUUACAGUAGAUGUACUUAGGCGAGGCGGUAUAAAUGUCACAGUGGCUGGUUUAACUGGUGACCAGACUGUAAACUGCAGUAGAAAUGUUGUCAUAAAACCAGAUAGCAGUCUGGAUGAUGCUAUGAAGCAGGGCCAAUAUGAUGCUGUGGUUCUCCCUGGAGGGGCUAAAGGUGCUCAGAAUCUAUCCCAAUCUGCCAAAGUGAAAGAAGUGCUAUUGUCACACUAUUCAAGUGGUAAAGUUGUGGCAGCUAUCUGUGCAGGACCCACUGCUCUAUUAAGUCAUGACAUUGGUAAAGGAAAGUCAUUGACAUCACAUCCAUCAAUGAAAUCCAAACUAGAAGAUUCAUACCAUUACAGCGAAGACAGAGUGGUUGUAGAUGGCAAUCUUGUUAGCAGUCGUGGUCCUGGUACAGCUUUUGAAUUUGCUCUGACUCUAGUAGAAAUCUUGAAAGGAAAAGACGCCAAAGAUUCACUUAUUCCACCAAUGCUGCUUAAACUGUGAACGAUGCUGAUAUUUAUAGAGUUUCAUUACCAUAUGCUCUGUAAACUCUGUUUUCUUUUAUGAUACUGCUUAAUAAGCAGUUCUUAGCUAUGCACUAGCCAUAUGGACUACUUAGCCAGGUGCUUGUUUUGUGGGCUGUUUAUCCAUUGAAAAUAUUUCGUUUGAGAGCUGAAUCUCAUGCAUGCAUGGACUGAUUUCAUUCAAACUGUGUACAUACAUGGAACAUAAUGGGACUGUGAUGCAUAUUACUUUGUAUUGUAAUUCGGAUUCAAAAUGGUCGACUUGGUGCAUACAUAAUGGUACCUUGGUGUGUGUCAUUUUAUUUUUUAAUUUCUGC